GAGAAACGUAAGUAUUUCCUGAUUUAAAUGGGAUAUGGUGAACAAUUCAUAUUCUUGCAUAAAACGUUACAUAAAACGGAUGCAGAAAACAAAAUAAGUUAGUAAAGACGAUAUGACUUUAUUCAAACGGUAUCGAAGAAAAAAGGUUUGGAAGUAUAAAUUAAUCCAGAGAAUGAUGUUUUAUAAAUAUGCAACAUUUUAUACGUGAUUAUUCUAAAAUAUAUGUUAGUCUCCACAUAAAAUCGGUGACUUCCGGCUACUCUCAGAGGCUUACUCGUACAGUGUCAUCAGGAACCUUUAAAAAUGAAGAGAUUUUAAAAACUAUAUUUUCGUUUUGAAAUGGGCGAUACUGAAUAUAGAUUUGAUAAAACAAAUAUCAUUGAAGAGUUGAGGUAUCUUGCUGAAAGUAAAAACAUAGCUCAUGGGAAAGAAAAAGGUGAUUUCGAUGAAUGUGUAGGCAAACUUGAAAAUUUCUUCAGAAGUGAUUCUUUUCAGAAAAAUAGUGAAAAUUUUGAACAGGACAGCAUUUCUCUACUUGAUAUAAUCCGACCAACAAUCACCGUAGCAAAUACCGUUUGUUCGAUUUUAGAAUACCUCGAACCGUGUAAGGUAUCUACAAUCGUAAAGGCAACUCUAAAUAUCAUAGAUACAAUUGUUGAAUGGAAAGUUCUGUCAAAAACACUUCAGACCUUGCUUGAUCAUGAAAUCAUCGGAAAUGCAAGAACAAGAGUUCAAGAUUAUAAAGGGAGACUUAGAUUACUUUCCGGUAGUGUGAAGGAUUUGAACAAUUCUAAAGAUGCUCAGGAGAAAACCAACAUUCUUCAUGAUAUGGCAAAUGAACAGUCCGUCACUGCUGGACUAAAAGAUAUAGCUUUAGUUGAGACUAAAAUAGCAGAUCAUAAGGCUAAAAACGAUGCUACGGACUUCCCCGAGCUGAUGGCACAUGUCGAACUUUAUUGCUUCCUCUCAUUAUUGCACGAAAUUCUGCUUCUUUAUCGCAUUUCAAUUUUAAACGUUCACAACAGACAAACACAGAGACUGAGAGUUCUAGUGACUGAACAAAGAGAACGAUUGAAAGACGUGUUGUGUUUUUUUGUACAGACCACUAGAGAAAACAUUACACGUUUAUAUCCGUUACAACACCGGGUUUUACCCAAUAUCGCGAGAGGUUUUAAGGCAAAAUGGGAUAAUUGUUUCCUUCAACGUACCUUUGCGGAUGGAAGGUGCCUACCACAUUGAAUCUGUUUCAAAGCCAAAAGAAAAAAUCACGCUUCAUACAUCUACACCACUAAACUGGGUUCGAUGUCAGGAAAAACAACGUGACAAGGGGUACGUCAUUUUAGAAAAAUUUCUUGACCGAUACUCAACAUUAUGUGCCUUUAAGUUUCGGAAAUGUGGAAAAAACACUGUCGAAAUAAUAUCCGAAAACGGCCAACGAUUGUAUGACAGUCUUUGGUUAUCAUCUUCAUGGUCUUCAAGUAGGGAGACAAAAUGGCUCGCUGUCCAAAUUGAACCAGAAAAAGAAGAAGAUGGACGUCGAUUUAUCUUUAUUCUCUCUAAAUCAAAGAAAUAUGAAUGCAUACGUGCUGAUUGCACUGGUCGUGUUUAUACAAAACCGUAUACACAAUAUGACCAACAAUUCUUUUGGAAAAUUAAACAAGUUGAUUGUUGGCAGCCCAAAUCGCCAUUUCUAGGGAAGGAGCCAGGAUUUCGGUUUGGGGAGUUUGCAGCGUCCGUCUGUUGGUCCGUUGUCAGUGAUGGAGAGAUUUCAAAAAGACUUGCGACAAAUGACCAGUAUGACACGAGGAUGUGUUAUCCAAUUUAAAAAGAAAACAGCAAUUUACCAACCCAAUUUGAUGCAGGAUCUUUAGAUAACAUGAAACAACACACACACAUAUAUAUAUCUUCAUUUUCAAACUAUUUUCUUUUAUUCGAAAUGUUCGUGAGCCACAUAUCGCUCGUCCCACGGGAAUUUUCAUUGGACAAUACAUAUCAAAAUUUAAAAUGAUUCAAUAUAUCUUCAAGAUUUAACAAAAUAUCCCUUGAGAUCUGUAAAGUGAUGUAUAACCUAAACCUUGUUCUUUCUAAAAUGAAGAAGAAGUUCGAGAAUCAAGCCUGUACUAAAAGAGAAUAGAGCAUUCCUUGAGAAACAGACAAACACAUUUAAUUGUGCUUUUAUGUGACUAUGAUAAAGUGUAACACAAUUCAAUAAGGACUCGUUUGAAAUGAAAAGUGAAAUAAUAACUCAUUUCAAGUUCAUAGCAAUUCAGUUAUGAGUGAGUGUGUUAAAGAGUUUUAGUUUCUGACGAAUACUCUAGUAAUAGACAUUCGAUAUGUCAUGUGUGGGAUUCUAGGAUACUUGCAUUUUAGAAACAAAUCACAUACACUACUUUGUUUUCUACAUGUAUUUAUGCCGUUAUAUUAAAAUAUAUUGAAUUAGUCAGAACUUACUUAUUAGGUAUGAUCAAUUAAUAAUAUCAAUUUGAAGUGUAAAGUAUUUUAUGUUUGUCGAAAUAAAUAAAUGUAGUUUCAUACUUUCUGUAUACUUAGAUAGUUUUGCAUGAUGUCAAUGUUCAAGCUUUGUUUUGCUGUGUCAUGCAGAGUGAGGCUCUGAUAACCAUAUCUAACCUUUAUCUUUUCUUAUCACAUUAUAAUUGGUGAUCUGUAGUGUGAUGUUUAGUACAUAUUUUCAUCUUGCUUUUAGUCUGUAGCCGUUUUAUUUUAUAGGUCUUUUUCUUUGUAUGUUUAUGGUCGUUACUAAAAGCCCACCGAGCGCACACAUGCAGGUGCGCUCACGCACACACGUAUUUAUAUGUAUAUAGCUUUUCUUAGUAUAUGCAUUUUAAUUUUAGUAAUCAAAUACAAACCGUUAAUUAACUUUUGUCUUUUUGUCACACAUUGCGAAAUAAUACAAGUUUUCAUUAUUUGAAAAUCCCAAUUAAAAUGAUUCUGUUUAUAGGUGGUCGCACUGAUAAGCCAUAUUCAAAUUUGGCAAAAUAUGACUGUGAAUUUGAAUAAUCAAAUUUGAUUUUAAUUGUAUUUGAAGUCUCAAUAAAACGUUCUAUAAUCUAAGAGAAUGUUAUUGUUAUUAUA